GACAGGGAGGCACGCGCCCAGAUCGCGCUCCGAGUCGACGAGGGGGCUCGUGCCGGUCUCGGCGCGCGCGUGGGGAGCGGCCCGGGGGCGCCGAGGGAGCCGGCGGCAGCGAGGAUGCCGGCGCGGGGACGCGGCUGCCGGCUGGGGGUGUGAGCGAGAGGCUGAGCGCUGCCCGCUCGGCGCCUCCAUUCCGCGCCGCCCCCUCCCUGCGGGCCUCGGAGGAAGCCCCCAGCGCGGUGCGGAGGCGCCUCGGCUGCCGGGCUGCGGGGCCCCGGCCCAGCGAGAGGGAAAAGAUGCCGUUCCACCAUGUGACCGCCGGCUUGUUGUACAAGGGGAAUUACCUCAACCGAUCGCUCUCUGCUGGCAGUGACAGUGAACAGCUGGCUAAUAUCUCCGUGGAAGAGCUCGACGAAAUCCGAGAGGCCUUUCGGGUUCUGGACCGGGAUGGGAACGGCUUCAUCUCCAAGCAGGAGCUGGGCAUGGCCAUGCGCUCUUUGGGGUACAUGCCAAGCGAGGUGGAGCUGGCCAUCAUCAUGCAGCGCUUGGACAUGGACGGGGAUGGCCAGGUGGAUUUUGAUGAAUUCAUGACCAUCCUUGGCCCCAAACUGGUGUCUUCAGAAGGUCGCGAUGGUUUUCUUGGAAACACGAUAGACAGCAUAUUCUGGCAGUUUGACAUGCAAAGGAUAACUCUGGAAGAGUUGAAGCACAUUCUCUAUCAUGCCUUCCGAGACCACCUAACGAUGAAGGACAUUGAGAACAUCAUCAUCAACGAGGAAGAGAGCCUGAAUGAGACCUCGGGGAACUGCCAAACAGAGUUUGAAGGAGUGCAUUCCCAGAAGCAGAACAGACAGACCUGCGUCCGGAAGAGCCUCAUAUGCGCCUUUGCUAUGGCCUUCAUCAUCAGCGUCAUGCUGAUUGCAGCCAACCAGAUACUCCGGAGCGGCAUGGAGUAGCAGCCUCCCGCCAGCCACACUGUGUUGCAGCUCACCGCGCAUGUGCAUGCCCUGCGGGCAGACUCUUCCUCCACACAGCAGACACGGACCUGUGGACUAUGGAUGGAUGCGGACGAUGGAACCGUUCAGUAAAGAACCCAAGGUUGAGUGCAACUGGGGUUGCACUUCAGCUUCAUCUCCUUGGCAGGGACACUAAAGGGCUGUCUUCAGUGCUUUAAUGGUUUUGUUUUCUAAUGCAAUAAAUAGCCAGGAUUUCCAAA